UUCAAUUUCGCUCACAGAGUCGCUCGGUCAACAAGUCAAUGGCGCCCGAGCAGCGCCAACGACAAAAAAGAAUUGCCGAUCCGAUUUCAAAAACCGAUUCAAUUCGCAUCGCAUCACAAAUGCAGUUCGUGAGAAAAUCCAACGCGCAACAGAAAUAGCUGAAGCAAAUACAGGAAAAUGUUCGGCUAUGUGGAAAUCGGCAAGUAGAAAAAUAGUAUAAAUGAUGCCCAUAAUUCUAUAAAAAAAACAUAUUUUUAUGUGACCUUGCUUUAAACUCCGAAUGUUACCAUAUCAAUAUAGUGCCAAGCCAAUUUGAGCAAUACUAAAUUAAAACAGCUGUCUUCUGCCUUUGGUUUAAUACCGAAGACGAAUCAAUAGAGCCUUGCUUAUUGAAUUUGGCCACCAUCCAAUCCAUCGAGUUAGCCAUGAGUUUGGUUUGGCACGACAUCAGUGUCACUGCCCGGAACACACUUCAGUUGGAACCCAACAUCCCACAUCACCAGACCCCAGAUCUCUCCCGAGAACAGAAAAAAGUAGGAAAAUACCCAGCCGAAGCGAGAGGCGCAGAGCGGAAACCCCUCAGCUGCACAAAAAAAAACUCGCACCAAAAGAAGACAACUCCUGGUUUUGUUCCAGUGCACGUUUGCGUUUGCCCCGUGUAACGAAGGUUGUUGGCACAGAUUCGCCGACCAGAACUUCCCCUUUUGUCCACCCGUAGAAGAGCAGAGCAGGAAAGAUGGCUCAACUGCGUCGCAGCAACAGCGAGCCGGAGAUCGGACCCCAUCCCGAUGAGAUUGAGCCAGAGCUGGCCAUGAUGAACGAGGACGGGGCCGGCGACAGGGCCAACACCGAUUGGAUGGACCAGCAAUCGACGGGCUGGCUGGCCGGACGCUCCAGCUCCACUUCGUCGGCGUACAGGUCGCGCCUUCGCCGCGCUCAACUGGGCUCGAAUACCGCCUUCCGGCGCCACUUGCGCCGCUGCCGCCGGGAGAACAACGUGGCGGUGCCCACCAUGGGCGACUUCUUCCGCCAGAAGGCAGACAUGGACCAGACCACCAGCGCCAGCCUGCGCGUAAAGGUGGCCCUCUUCCUGGCCCUCGUCCUGGUGCCCAGCAUCAUGGAGAUGGAGCCGCGCAUCCAGUUCAACGAGCAGUGGCAACAGGAUGGCCACUUCAGCUUCCUCAAGCGCCGUCGCCUGGCCUUGACCUUCGCGGGCAACGUGUGCGCGGUCCUGAUCCGCUCCUGCAUGGCGGCCGCACUGCCCUUUUACUCGAUGCUCAGCAUGUCGCAUCCGAAUCGCUUCAAUCUCCGGGUGCCACGGGCCGAUGGCACCGAAUGCGAGGUGCCCGUCAACCUCAACGUCUUCUUCAUCGGACUGUUGCCCUAUGUGAUGCGCCUGCUGGCCGGCUUUCUGCGCUUCGUAAACGACACGUGGGUGGCCUACAACGACCACGUGCUGACCAUCGCCGAGUCCUUCAACAUUUUGCGCGUGCUCAUCCUCCUCAUCCACGUGAUGCAGCUCAUCUACGGCAUCGAGCUGAUGCUCCUGAUGGUCCAGGGAAUGUUCGGCUUCCUGCACGCCGUUCGCAUCUUCUUGUUGAUCGCCGGACGCGACUACGAGCACGCGGAGCAGUUCGAACGGCGCAAGCCAAACAGCAAGCUCUGGUUUAUCCCCACCAGGGCCACGGUGGCCGUUUACUACGCCUUCAAGGAGCGCGUCUGGGACCUUUCGAACUCCCUUCUUCAGUAAACUCAACACUCCAAGCUUAAAAGCAACACUCAGGCUCAAGUUCUGCCAGCCGUACAAAUUCAGCGGAAGAAUCCAUCAACAAACAGGUCAUGAUCGAUGGAUUCUUUGGCAAAGUACUACAAACCUAAAACACGGCGGUUGGCAAAAAUUGGGUUUUAUGUGAGAAUCAUUCAAAAAAUUUUCCUCGAAUUUAUAUGCAUUUAUAAUGUAACAAAAUGUCCUGCGACUAAAAUAAAUUGAAAUGUAAACAAGGAAA